AUGAAAAUCACGAGUACCUCCUGCAUCUGCCCAGUCCUGGUGUGUCUCUGUUUUGUGCAGAGGUGUUAUGGGACCACUCACCACAGCUCCAUCAAGGGGACCAGAAACCAAACCAAACACAUCGAAGGUGAAACCGAAGUCCACCACCGUCCCAAAAGGGGGUGGGUUUGGAAUCAGUUCUUUGUUUUAGAAGAACAUAUGGGACCAGAUCCACAGUAUGUUGGAAAACUGCACUCCAAUUCUGACAAAGGUGAUGGGUCUGUCAAGUACAUCCUUACUGGAGAAGGUGCUGGGACUAUUUUUAUCAUUGAUGAUACCACGGGUGACAUCCACUCAACAAAAAGCCUAGACAGGGAGCAGAAGACCCACUAUGUACUUCAUGCGCAGGCUAUUGACAGACGAACAAACAAGCCCCUUGAGCCUGAAUCUGAGUUUAUCAUCAAAGUGCAAGACAUCAAUGACAAUGCUCCAAAGUUCACAGAUGGACCAUACAUUGUAACUGUGCCUGAAAUGUCAGAUAUGGGUACCUCUGUUCUACAGGUGACAGCCACUGAUGCAGAUGACCCCACCUAUGGAAACAGUGCUCGGGUGGUUUACAGUAUUCUCCAGGGACAGCCCUACUUCUCCGUAGACCCUAAAACAGGAGUUAUUAGAACUGCCUUACAUAAUAUGGACAGAGAAGCCAGAGAACAUUACUCAGUGGUCAUUCAAGCCAAAGACAUGGCUGGGCAAGUUGGAGGGCUUUCAGGAUCCACCACAGUCAACAUCACCCUGACAGAUGUCAAUGACAACCCCCCAAGGUUUCCUCAGAAGCACUAUCAGCUGUAUGUUCCUGAGUCAGCUCAAGUUGGUUCAGCUGUUGGGAAAAUCAAGGCAAAUGAUGCAGACACUGGCUCGAAUGCGGACAUGACAUAUUCCAUCAUUGAUGGCGACGGCGUUGGCAUAUUCUCCAUCUCCACUGACAAAGAGACAAGAGAAGGGAUCCUUUCCUUAAAAAAGCCACUGAACUAUGAGAAAAAGAAGUCAUAUACCCUCAACAUAGAAGGAGCCAAUACACACCUUGAUUUUCGCUUUUCUCACUUGGGUCCUUUUAAAGAUGCUACCAUGCUGAAGAUCAUUGUUGGGGAUGUAGAUGAACCACCACUAUUUUCCAUGCCUUCCUAUGUCAUGGAAGUCUAUGAAAAUGCCAAGAUCGGGACAGUUGUUGGCACAGUUUUGGCCCAAGAUCCUGACAGUGCUAAUAGCUUAGUAAGAUACUUCAUUGACUACAAUGCUGAAGAUGAUAGAUUUUUUAACAUUGAUGCCAACACUGGAACCAUUAAGACUACCAAGGUUCUUGAUAGAGAAGAAACUCCAUGGUACAACAUCACAGUUGCUGCUUCAGAAAAUGACAAUCCGAGCUUGCUGAGCCAUGUCACAGUGGGUAUUAGAGUUCUGGAUGUCAAUGACAAUCCUCCCGAGCUUGCCAGGGAAUAUGAUAUUGUUGUCUGUGAAAAUUCUAAGCCCGGUCAGGUUAUUCAUACCAUCAGUGCCACUGAUAAAGACGAUUUUGCCAAUGGACCAAGGUUUAGCUUCUUUCUUGAUGAACAUCUGUCUGUAAACCCAAACUUCACUCUGAAAGAUAAUGAAGAUAACACAGCCAGCAUUCUGACAAGGCGGAGGAGAUUUAGUCGAACUAUUCAGGAUGUGUAUUAUCUCCCCAUUAUGAUCUCUGAUGGUGGAAUCCCCUCUCUCAGCAGCAGCAGCACCCUCACCAUCAGGGUUUGUGCAUGCGAGAGAGAUGGGCGCGUGCGGACCUGCCAUGCCGAAGCCUUCCUGUCCUCGGCUGGUUUGAGUACAGGAGCCUUAAUCGCUAUUCUUCUGUGUGUUGUCAUUCUCCUAGCUAUUGUUGUACUUUUCAUCACCCUGAGACGCAGCAAAAAAGAGCCCCUGAUCAUUUCAGAGGAGGACGUGCGGGAAAAUGUGGUCACCUAUGAUGAUGAGGGGGGUGGCGAGGAAGACACGGAGGCCUUUGACAUCACCGCCUUGAGGAAUCCAUCUGCUGCUGAGGAGCUCAAGUACCGCAGAGAUAUCAGACCGGAAGUGAAACUUACCCCCAGGCACCAGACAUUGUCCACCCUGGAAAGUAUAGAUGUUCAGGAAUUUAUUAAGCAAAGACUAGCGGAAGCCGACCUAGACCCCAGCGUCCCUCCUUAUGACUCUCUGCAGACUUACGCCUACGAGGGUCAGAGAUCAGAAGCUGGAUCCAUCAGCUCCCUGGAUUCAGCAACUACUCAAUCAGACCAGGAUUAUCAGUACCUUGGAGACUGGGGGCCCGAGUUUAAAAAAUUAGCUGAACUCUAUGGAGAAAUAGAAUCUGAAAGAACAACUUAG